UUCUCUCCAGUCGUGGCGGGCACCGUGAUCAUCCUCCUCAUUCAGGUUGUGCUGACCCUCACGGCCAUUGAUGAUUGGGGGGGCGACACAAGGAAGGCGAUGGUUGAGCUCGAGGAGGUGCGUGCUGCUUAUAGUAUAUGGUGUCUUUGCUUGGCCUGCUCUCCGGCGGUCGGCAAUCGAUUCUCACACAACACGCUGGGAUCAGCAUAGAGGGUGUCUAGACGGUGAAGAAGGCUGUCUUUGUCUCGCCGACAUAUGUUGAGUUGACCUCUCUCUCUGUUUCUGUCUCUCUUAUCUCCGUCUCUUUUCUCUCUUUGCUUCCUCUUCUCUCAUGGAAUCAGGCGAACCUGCUCAAGCUUGCGGAAGCGAAAGCCGAGUUUGUGUCAGAGCAAUUCGGAAGGGUUGAGGAGAGCAUUCUGCAGCUGCAAGUGUUUGCGGGGCAGGCUAUUUUGGCCGUUCCAGAGACGAUGACGGUCAACUCCUACUUGACCAGCUAUUCGGGACUUCUUCAAUCUGACACAACCUUCGAUAAUAGUGUUUGGCAAGUACACUCUACCCGGAGACUUUUAGUACAAUGCUUCUUGAGAGGGCAAAGUUGCCUCCAAGGCCCUGGCAGCCGGAGUAUUUGUCCUUACGUGUAAAGCUCAACAUGCCCAGAGUAAAACGCGUGAUGCUCGCUACUCAACGUCCUUAGAGAACCGUGCAUGUGUGCUCC